AUGACUCUUCCUCCUCACAGAAUGAACCGUGUCAUCAUCAUCAGAGUGCUGAAAUACUUAAGCAGUGUGUUAAUGGCAGACAAUCACUUUAAAGAUGCCAUCUCCUUUGCUAAAAACCACACCUUUGAUGUGUUUGUGGCGGUGGGCGGUGGCUCAGUGAUCGACACGUGUAAAGCGGCCAAUCUGUAUGCGUGUCACCCCGAUGCCGACUUCCUGGACUUUGUCAAUGCUCCGAUUGGCAAAGGGAAGCCAGUGAGUGGAGCUGUGAAACCGCUGAUUGCAGUUCCCACAACUGCAGGCACCGGCAGUGAGACCACAGGUGUCGCCAUUUUCGACUAUGAGCCCUUAAAAGCCAAAACAGGAAUUGCCAGCAGAGCCAUCAGACCCACACUGGGCAUCGUGGACCCGACGCACACACUGAGCAUGCCUGAGAGAGUCGCCGCCAACAGUGGCUUCGACGUCCUCUGUCAUGCCCUGGAGUCAUACACCGCCCUGCCCUACGACCAGAGGAGCCCCUGCCCCACAAACCCCAUCAACCGCCCAGCCUACCAGGGCAGCAACCCCAUCAGCGAUGUCUGGUCCCGCCAUGCUCUCCACGUGGUUGCCAAGUACAUGAAACGAGCUGUGCGAGACCCUGAGGACCUGGAGGCUCGUUCCAGCAUGCACCUGGCCAGCGUGUUUGCCGGGAUUGGCUUUGGGAAUGCCGGGGUUCAUCUGUGGUAA